GAAGGAGAAGCAAUGAGAAAGCCCGUUGUGUUGGCGAAGCCUUUCUCGUUGGAAGAUGAGAAAGAUUCUGAACACACAACUUCCAGUCUCAUCCAACGGAUCCUAAGCCUUUUCAAAAACGUUCGGCCAGGAUCCGAUCUCACUAACUUUCAGCUUCCACCUCAACUGAACCUACCGAGAUCACAGCUCCAAUGCUACGGCGAGAUGGUUUAUAGUUUCAACGGUCAGGAUUUACUCGGAGAGUGUGGUCGUCGUGACCAACCAAUCGAACGGCUCAAAUCGAUGGUGACGUGGAACAUCUCAACUCUCCGGCCAUUGAUCUUUGGCAUGGCUCCAUACAACCCUGUCGUCGGCGAAACUCACCACGUGUCCAACGGUCACGUCAACGUUCUCGUCGAGCAAAUAUCGCAUCAUCCACCAGUGUCUGCUCUUCAUGCAACUCACGACAAAGAAAACAUAGACGUAAUGUUCUGUCAAUACUUUACACCUAAAUUUCGUGGUGGUUAUGUGGACGUUGAGGUGAAGGGUAAAAGAGUGGUGAAACUUCUAAACCAGAGAGAGACUUAUGAAAUGAAUCAUCCAAAGCUUGUGAUGACAUUUCUGCCGGCGACAGGAGCUCAUUGGGCUGGAAAGGUCGUGAUAAAGUGCCUGGAGACUGGACUCGAAGCCGAAUUGCAAUUACUCUCUGAUUCAUUUUUGAGUAGAUUCACAGGGAACAACAAGAGAUCCAUUAAAGGCAAGAUCUUUGAAUCUUCUUCCGGGAAACGACUCUAUGAUAUCUUUGGACAAUGGGACAGAACCGUUACCGCGAAAAAUCUGAAGACUGGAGAGCUUGAAGUUAUAUACAAAGCAAGUGAAAACAUUGACAAGCUCAAAACUCCCAUUGUCAAGAACCUGCAGGAGGUGAGUGAGAGCGAGUCGGCGAUGGUGUGGAGUGAGGUGAGUAACGGAAUUAUGAGGAAGGAGUGGGAGAAAGCAAGACAAGGCAAGAGAGAAGUGGAGGAGAAACAGAGGGAGUCUUUGAGGCAAAGAGAGGUUUCUGGACAAUCAUGGAUUCCAAAGCAUUUCUCUGUGGUUCGAGCUGGUAAGGACUGGGACUGUGUUCCUCUACAGCCAACGGUUCCUCGAGCGCCUAUCAUUGUUCCUCUCUGAUUCACAGCUAAUUCUCUCUAG